ACCCAUAAUAUGAAACUGUCCACGCACCAUUUAUUGGAUUUAAGUAGAAUUUAUAUCUUUUUAAAAUCCAGUAAAGGAAUUGGUUGAAAAGAAAAGUAUAAUGUGUGUGUUGGCUUUCCUGGAUUCUACGGCAUUGCACCAGAUCAUAUCCAGGUCAUUUUCUAGACCAUUCGAAGCCAACGGGCGUUUGGCCAUCAGGUCAACAAAUCUACCCUGAAAUCUGUGUUCAAUUACCUCUUGCGGACAUCUUUUGAAGCUCCUGCUUACAGAUCAAGAAAUCUGAACAAGUUUUGGGAGAAAUCGGCGGGCAAUGGCGAGCAGGACGCCGUCGCCUUCGGCGCCUCUGGAGCGUCCAGAUGGUCUGGAGUUCUCUAAUUACGCCACCGCAGGCGGAGCUCCACAGACAGAGCUUCAGACGUCUAUCACCGUCCAGAGGCAGCAAAGAGAGAAUCGGAUGCGCCUGGCCAAUCUUGUGCUCAGAUCUGCAGGGCUUCUUUCUUCCUUUCUCUCCUUUGUCAUCAUGGCCGCCAAUAACCAGAACAAAGCAGGGCAAAAUUUCGAUGAUUAUGAAGAAUACAGGUAUUGUCUGGCCAUCGCCGUGAUAGCAUUUGUCUACUUGGCGGCCCAGCUAGGCAGAGGGGUUUACGAUGCAGUGUGGGGAUAUAAUUUGUUUCAUAAAACGAUUUUGUCCUCCGUGGAUUUCAUCGGCGAUCAGACAUUGGCGUACUUAGUGAUGUCUUCUUCAUCGUCGGCGGCUUCGAUGACAAAUAACCUGCGGAACAAUGGAGAUACAAAGUUCACAGACAUGGCAGCUGCUUCGGUGACCAUGAGUUUCAUGACCUUUGCGGUGCUGGCAGCUUCUUCCAUUGUCUCCGCUCUUACCCUCGCCAAACGAAUCUCCUGGUUUUAGGGGCAAGCUAUGCGUUCCCAAUUUUACGGUUGUAAAUUUGGGGAUAAAUGUAAAAAUGAUUUUGGGCUGAGUCCAGCGAAUCGUGAAGUAUGUAAUUGGUUAUUCGAUUAUGUCUUUAUGAAAAUAAAAUGACACUUCAAGAAGGCGUCAAAUUGGGAAGAGUUGGAUUUGAUUUUAGUGGAAACAAAAUCGGUUUUUAAGUCAA